GUGUGUGUGAUGCUCCCUGCAGCGGCGGAGGAGAGGAAGAGGAGAGAAGAAGAACUGAAGGUCAUCGGAGAGAAUCGGAGAUUUCGGAUCGAUUAUCGACUCACUGAUCGCUGCGCGUGCACAGCGUAAUGACGUGAGACAAGAGCACGGAGCGACAGACGGAUUAGCUGCUGCAUCCAUCCACCUACCUGUCUCCCUGCCUGCUACCUGUCUGUCUGACUGAAUCUCCACCAGCAGCAUCCAGAUUCCACACCUGCCUCUCUCUCUCUCUCUCUCUGCCUGUCUCGCUAUCUCUCCACAACUGUCUGUCUCUCCACACCUGUCUCUCUUUCUCCGCCGUCUCCCCGCCGUGUCUCCGCCAUGGGGAACCGGGGGAUGGAGGACCUGAUCCCGCUGGUGAACCAGCUCCAGGACGCCUUCGCUUCCAUCGGCCAGAACUCGAGCCUCGACCUGCCGCAGAUCGCCGUGGUGGGCGGGCAGAGCGCCGGGAAGAGCUCCGUUCUGGAGAACUUCGUGGGGAAAGACUUCCUGCCGCGGGGGUCGGGGAUCGUCACUCGGCGCCCGCUGGUGCUGCAGCUCAUCAACUGUCCCACAGAGUACGCAGAGUUCCUGCACUGCAAAGGGAAGAAGUUCAUCGACUUCGAUGAAGUUCGUCUGGAGAUCGAAGCGGAAACUGAUCGGAUCACUGGACAGAACAAAGGAAUCAGUCCGGUCCCCAUAAACCUACGAGUUUACUCCCCCCACGUGUUGAACCUGACUCUGGUGGAUCUUCCCGGCAUGACGAAGGUCCCCGUGGGCGACCAGCCGGCCGACAUCGAGCACCAGAUCAAAGAGAUGCUAAUGCAGUUCGUCACCAAGGACAACUGCCUCGUGUUGGCCGUUUCCCCCGCCAACUCCGACCUUGCCAACUCUGACGCUCUGAAGAUCGCAAAGGAGGUCGACCCGCAAGGUCUGAGGACCAUCGGUGUGAUCACCAAGCUGGAUCUGAUGGAUGAAGGAACCGACGCCAGAGACAUUUUGGAGAACAAACUGCUUCCACUACGCAGAGGUUACGUCGGGGUGGUGAACCGCAGUCAGAAGGACAUCGACGGGAGGAAAGACAUCACAGCAGCUCUGCAGGCUGAGAGGAAGUUCUUCCUGUCGCACCCGUCAUACCGACACCUGGCAGAACGCAUGGGCACCGCCUACCUGCAGAAGAUCCUCAACCAGCAACUGACCAACCACAUCCGAGACACGUUGCCGGGGUUACGCAGCAAACUGCAGAGCCAGCUGCUGUCCAUCGAGAAGGAGGUGGAGGAAUACAAGAACUUCAGACCGGAUGACCCGAGCCGAAAGACCAAGGCCCUGCUGCAGAUGGUGCAGCAGUUUGCGGUGGACUUUGAGAAGCGGAUUGAAGGAUCCGGAGAUCAGGUGGACACCUACGAGCUGUCAGGAGGAGCCAAGAUCAACCGAAUUUUCCACGAACGCUUCCCCUUCGACCUGGUCAAGCUGGAGAGUGAUGAGAAGACUCUCCGUAAAGAGAUCAGCUACGCCAUCAAGAACAUCCACGGAAUCAGGACGGGGCUGUUCACGCCUGACAUGGCGUUUGAGACGAUCGUGAAGCGUCUGAUCGCUCAGAUCAAAGAGCCGUGUCAAAAAUGUGUUGACAUGGUGAUCAACGAGCUGGUCAACACCGUGAGGCAGUGCACACAGAAGCUGGCUCAGUAUCCGAUGCUCCGAGAGGAGAUGGAGAGAAUCGUCACCCAGCAUAUCAGAGACAGAGAGAGUCGCACCAAAGAACAGGUGUUUUUGCUGAUUGAUAUCGAGUUAGCCUACAUGAACACAAACCAUGAAGACUUCAUCGGCUUUGCAAAUGCUCAGCAGAAGAGCUCUCAGAUGAGCAAGAAGAAAGCAGCAGGAAACCAGGACGAGAUCAUGGUGAUCCGUAAAGGUUGGCUGACCAUCAACAACAUCAGCAUCAUGAAGGGCGGAGCUAAAGAGUACUGGUUUGUCCUGACGGCAGAGACACUGUCCUGGUACAAAGAUGACGAGGAGAAGGACAAGAAGUACAUGCUGCCUGUAGACAACCUGAAACUCAAAGACAUCGAGAAGAGCUUCAUGUCCAGCAAACACAUCUUUGCCCUGUUCCACAAUGAACACAGGAACGUGUACAAAGACUCCCGUCAGCUGGAGCUGGCCAGCGAGUCUCAGGAGGAGGUGGACAGCUGGAAGGCUUCUUUCCUACGCGCCGGAGUGUACCCUGAACGCACCGUGGAUAAAGAGAAGGUGGAGGCGGAGGAGGCGAGCGGUGACGGGCAGAUCCACAGUCUGGACCCUCAGCUGGAGAGACAGGUGGAGAUCGUCAGGAACCUGGUGGACUCGUACCUGUCCAUCAUCCACCGCACGGUCCGGGACCUGAUCCCCAAGACCAUCAUGCACCUGAUGGUCAACAACACGAAGGAGUUCAUCCACUCUGACCUGCUGGCUAAUCUUUACUCCUGCGGAGACCAGAACAGCCUGAUGGAGGAGUCCCAGGAACAGGCUCAGCACCGUGAUGAGAUGUUGAGGAUGUACCAUGCCCUGCGUGAGGGUCUGAGCCUCAUCGGUGACAUCAGCACCUCCACCAUCACCACGCCCAUGCCACCGCCCGUCGACGACUCCUGGCUGCAGGUGACGGGGAUGCCGUCGGGACGCAGGUCUCCCAUGUCCAGUCCGACCCCCCAGCGUCGGGCCCCUCCUGGACCCCCCCGUCCCGGCGGACGAGCAGCCCCCGGCCCUCCAUCUCGCCCCGCGGUGUCUCCAGAUCCUGGAGCACCCAACGUGCCCUCCCGACCCAACAGAGCCCCCCCACCGGGAGUCCCCAGAAUCUCUAUCAGUGACCAGUGAGGAGUUCACCAAUGUCGUCCCAGUAAAGGUAGCCCCGCCCACGGAGAGAGCCCCCAGUCUUCUGUGGAGUAUUAACCUUUGACCCCGGCGAGGUUCUCUUUCUGUCAACUUUACUAUUAUCAGCUCAUCAUGUACAGCAAACAAUCAGCAAUAUUAACAUGUUUGGUCCAGCUGUCUGUCUGCUCUCUGGAGAGUGAGACAGGUCCACUGUCUGUCUGCUCUCAGGAGAGUGAGACAGUUCCUGCUCUCAGGAGAGUGAGACAUGUCCUACUCUAUGGAGAGGUAGGUAGGUCCUCUGUCUGCCUGCUCUCAGGAGAGUGAGACAUGUCCUCUGUCUGUCUGCUCUCAGGAGAGUGAGGCAGUCCCUGCUCUCAGGAGAGUGAGACAUGUCCUGCUCUCUGGAGAGUGAGACAGGUCCUCUGUCUGCCUGCUCUCGGGAGAGUGAGACAUGUCCUGCUCUCAGGAGAGUGAGACAGGUCCUUUGUCUGCCUGCUCUCAGGAGAGUGAGACAUGUCCUGCUCUCAGGAGAGUGAGACAGGUCUGCUGUCUGUCUGCUCUCAGGAGAGUGAGACAUGUCCUCUGUCUGUCUGCUCUCAGGAGAGUGAGACAGCUCCUGCUCUCAGGAGAGUGAGACAUGUCCUGCUCUCUGGAGAGUGAGACAGGUCCUCUGUCUGCCUGCUCUCAGGAGAGUGAGACAUGUCCUGCUCUCAGGAGAGUGAGACAGGUCUGCUGUCUGUCUGCUUUCAGGAGAGGGAGACAGGUCAGCUGUCUGUCUGUCUUUUACUGUUCUUAUUUAUGCUGAAAUGUUGAAUUGUUGAACUUUUCUUUACAGUGUAAAGUUUACAUAUUGUUUUAACUUAUGUAUUUAUUGAUGUAUUUACUAUGUGUGGUUCUAAUUGAUAUGUGGAACAGUGGGAAGAUGAACCAAGACGGCUUUUAAUAGUUAUAUUUAGUUUCUGUCAGUGUGUUUUACCAUGAUAAAAGUCCUGAUUAUUUACAUGGAGUCUGGUGGGUUUGGGAUGCUUAAAGUCCUGAUUAUUUACAUGGAGUCUGGUGGGUGGGUUUGGGUGAUGUGAAAGCUCAGGCCAACUCCGGGGUGAACCAAAUAACUGAACUCGGCUUGACAACGAGGCUCUCUGUUCUUUGGAAUUGGGAGAGAGUUCAUGUUUAAUAAUAUUGUUGGACUGUCUUUGACCUUAAGAAUCACAUGCAUGGAUUUAAAAAUGGGCCUUUAAGAGACUCCUGCUGUUAGAUGUAGAUGUUUGGGACUGAAGGACAACGUGUAUUUGAUGUAUUAAUUGUGUCUGUGAACCUGUCUCUGUGCUAGUGAUCAUGCAUCUGUCUGCAGAGCGUGUGUGCUGUGACGUUUCCUCGUGUGCUCGUUAGUUUCAAUAUAAAGUAGGGAUGUCCCGAUCGGAUCAUAUUUAUAAUAUAUGGGCAUUUUGUAAAUAAUCGGGGAUCAUUCCCCCUGCUCUGGCAUUUCCCCAUCUCAUUCCCCUUGCUCUGGCGUUUCCCCCUCUCAUUCCCCCUGCUCUGUCGUUUCCCCCUCUCAUUCCCCCUGCUCUGGU